UCUGGUAAUAUUUCGCUUGCGAUUUGUUUCGUAUGACGAUUAGUUUUUACCGAAGUACCUAAUGAUAUUCAAAUGGGGCGGCAUCGAACACCUGUUUAGCAUUGUUAAUUCGAUGUUAAUAAUUUUCAGUGCAGUAUAAAAGUGCGUGCAAUUUAGUACAAUGCAUUACAAUUGCAGUAAGCGUUCCGACUUGGUGGUAUCUCAGCGAGCAAUACAAACACAACGAUGUCUCGACUUACGAUUCUCUUUGUCAUCGCUGUGGCGUAUGAAGUACUUGGAGAUGGUGUCGCUAAAGACUCUCGUCCAGCAGAGUCGGGCAUCAUUUCGCCGGUGAUCGCCACCCACGCCGGCUACGGCGGUGUGGGUCUCGGAGGCCUUGGCGGUCACGUCGUCGCUGGUGGACUCGGCUCAGGACUUGUCGGUGUUGGCGGUGCCGGCAUUGGCAUCGGAGCCCCUGGCGUCGUUGCCGGACCAGCGCUUGUGGCUGCCGGACCAGGAAUUGGCAGCAGUGCAGGACUGAACAACGCCGCAGCCGUCGGAGCCGCCCAGCUCAGCGCCAUCCAAAACGCCCAAGCCGUCCAUGCCGCUCAGAUCGCCAACUCGGCCGCUGCUGCCAUCCAAGGAGCUCGUGUAGCUGAAGCCGCUGCUAGAGCAGGCCAGGCUAACGCCAUCACAAACGCACAGGCCUUAGACGCAGCCCGUGUAGCCAACGUCCAGAGAGCACAAGCCGCCGCCUGGGAAAACGCGAGAGCCGCCGAGGCAGCGAGACGCGCAGCCGCUGCCAGCGCCGCUGAGAUUGCCCGUGCUGUUGAGGCCGAGCGGUUGGCUAAUGCUGCUCGUGUCCAGGCUGUUGCUAUUGCCAACACUCGUGCCGUAGAAGCGGCCCGUAUCGCUAACGCUGCUAGAGCUCAGGCAGCUGCCGUUGCCACUAGCGCCGCGCAGGCCCAGGCUGUAGCUGAUGCUGUUGCGAGGAACGCGGGUGCCUUGGAAGGCGGUCUGCUGCUCGGCGGUGGCGGUUUGGUAGCCGGAGGAGCGGUGGCGCCUGUAGCUGUUGGCGGCUUGGGCGGUCUCGGAUACGGCGCUGGAAUCGGAUACGGAGCGGGUUACGGCUAUGGUGCCGGUUGGGGCCACGGCUGGGGCCAUGGUGCUGGCAAACUGAUCCACUAAACAAACGACGGACCAUCUAGUGUAACGAUACUAGUAUCGAAUACCGCACUGAUAAGACGAACAGAUUUCUAUAUCCAUUUCUCUUCACUACGUAGAAAUGGUUAGCGGCAGAUCUUCGGAUAUUUUGGACUGGGCAAGGACAUGUAAAUAAUUAAAUCCAAAUUUGUAAAUAUUUAGUCUGUCUUGGUAUUAAAUGUUAGCAUAUUACGAAUUA